UGGAGUCUCACUCCAGUGUGUCCUGGGUGCGGCCAGCACCAUGGACACCUCACAGGCUCUGCCACUCUUCCUGCUCCUGGCCUCCGGAGUAGGGGUCCUCGCUCUCAGAGACUCUUCUGGAGUUCAGCGAACGAAUUCCAUCUCUGACUCAGAAAGCUCUUCCCGGGGCCUGGAUUUGAAUGUUUCUUUCAGCAAAGCCCCCAGAGCGGAGUUUCUGGAUCAGUCUUCAGGUUCAAGGGCCACUGCUAAUAUCCCCCAUUCCAAAUGGAUUCCUGAGGCCCUGAAUUGGAACGAUGUACCUGGGUCCUUCUGGUCAAAUGUUUCUGCUCAGGACCAAAACUUGGGCCUGGAGCCCACCAUCUCUGGGAUCUCCGGUUCCCAAGUACUUUCUGAUACCUUGGAUUCUCAAGUUCCUGCCAAAGACCCAGAGCCUUCCUUUUCUAAGACCCCAGCGUCAAACAUUUUUGUUCAAGUCCCUGAUGCUAAUGUAUCUGUGGCGGGCCCAGGUUUAAAGUUCUCCCCUGAGAAGCUGGAUCUUAGAUUCUCCACCCAGAGCCCUGAACCCAAAGGUCCUGCAGAAACUGCACCAGAACCAAGCUUCCCUCAGCAGGUGGGGGGGCCUCUCGCGGUGCUGGUGGGGACCACUAUCCAGCUCCCCCUGGUUCCAGUCCCCAGCCCCGGGCCGCCUGACCCUCUGGUGGUCUGGCGCCGAGCUUCCAAAGUGCUGGCAGCCGGUGGCCUGGGGCCAGGGGCCCCUCUGAUCAGCCUGGACCCUGCUCAUCAAGAUCGCCUGCGAUUUGACCAGGCCCGAGGGGGCCUGGAACUCGCCUCUGCCCAGCUGGAGGAUGCUGGGGUCUACACGGCUGAGAUUAUCCGGGCUGGGGUCUCCCAGCAGAUUCGGGAGUUCACGGUGGGUGUAUAUGAGCCCCUGCCUCAGCUGUCGGUGCAGCCCGAGGCCCCGGAGACAGAGGAGGGGGCGGCCGAGCUCCGGCUGCGCUGCCGAGGGUGGAGGCCGAGUUGCGGGGAGCUGAGCUGGAGCAGGGACGGACGCGCUCUGGAGGCAGCGGACCCGGAGGGAGCGGAGCCGCCCCGGAUCCGCGCAGAGGGCGACCAGCUGCUCAUCGCGCGUCCUGUGCGCAGCGACCACGGCCGGUACACUUGCCGCGUCCGCAGCCCCUUCGGCCACACGGAGGCCGCGGCCGAUGUCAGUGUCUUCUACGGCCCGGACCCGCCGGUCAUCUCGAUCUCCUCGGACCGCGACGCCACCCCCGCCCUCUAUGUCACCGCGGGCAGCAACGUGACCCUGCGCUGCACCGCCGCCUCGCGGCCGUCCGCCGACAUCGCGUGGAGCCUGGCCGACCCCGCCGAGGCCGCGGUGCCCGCCGGCCCGCGCCUCCUGCUGCCCGCGGUCGGGCCGGGCCACGCCGGCGCCUACGCCUGCCUGGCCGCGAACCCGCGCACCGGCCGCCGCCGCCGCUCGCUGCUCAACCUCACCGUGGCGGAUCUGCCCUCUGGGUCCCCACAGUGCUCAGUCGAAGGGGGUCCCGGGGACCGCAGCCUUCGCUUCCGCUGCUGGUGGCCCGGUGGGGUCCCGGCCGCCUCCCUGCAGUUCCAGGGUCUCCCCGAAGGCGUCCGUGCGGGGCCGGCGCACUCUGUGCUCCUGGCAGCUGUCCCCGCCCACCCCCGGCUCAGCGGCGUCCCAGUCACUUGCCUUGCUCGCCACCUGCUGACCACGCGCACCUGCACUGUCACCCCAGAGGCCCCUCGAGAGGUGCUGCUGCAUCCGAUGGUGAAGGAGACACGGUCAGGAGAGGCAGAGGUGGCGCUGGAGGCUUCUGGCUGUCGGCCGCCUUCGCGAGCAUCCUGGUCCAGAGAAGGACGGCCCCUGGCCUCCGGAGGCGGUGGGGGGCGCUUGAGGCUCAGCCAAGAUGGGAGGAAGCUCUUCAUUGGCAACUUCAGCCUGGAUUGGGACCUAGGAAAUUACUCUGUGUUGUGCAAUGGGGUGCUGGGUGCUGGGGGCGACCAGAUCACCCUCACUGGACCAUCCAUCUCCUCAUGGAGGCUGCAGAGAGCCCACAACGCAGUGGUGCUGACUUGGGAUGUGGAGCGAGGGGCCCUCGUCAGUGGUUUUGAGAUCCAGGCAUGGUCGCAGGGGCCUGACCCGGGCAGAGCCGUCACCUACAAGGACUGGGUCUCCUUGCUCAUCCUGGGGCCUCAGGCGCGAUCAGCUGUGGUGCCCCUCCCUCCUCAGAACCUUGGGACCUGGGCCUUUCGUAUCCUGCCCUUCCUGGGGGGCCAGCCAGGGACCCCAUCACAAAGCCGGAUGUUCAGUGCUGGCCCAACCCUGGGCCCUGGGGCCAUCACCGGUAUUGUCCUGGGCUCCCUGCUGGGCCUGGCGCUCCUGGCAGCUCUUAUCAUCCUGUGCGUCUGCUGCCUGCGCCGUUUUCGGGGAGAGAAUCCCAAGAAAAAGAAACAUCUACCCACCUUUCCUCCAGUGGCCCCGCCACCAGAAAAGAAGAUGCAGAGCGUGCCCCCAGUGAAGACUCCACAGCCUCUGCCCCCCAAAGUCCCGAUAGCGGACCCCAGCUCAGCCAGGGCCCACCAAGCCACCAGCUCCAGUCAAGUCAUCUCCCCAGGUGGGGUCCAGAAGACUGUUCGGGCAGCCACACAGGUGUGACCAGGGCUAAUGGCCUGCUCUGUGCAGGACUUUUGGUGCAGGACUUCCUGUUUUGCUUCAGCAGCAGACAGGGACUUCCUGUUCUACUGUGACUGAAGGUCAGACUGUAAGUGGGACUUCCUGUCUCCCUCUCUCACCUCAGAAGACUCUACCUGUAUUUGUACAACUAAGGAGGUGGGGCUCCUGGGCUGGAGGAGACUCCAGCUGAUUAACAGCGCGGUCUGCAAACCACCAAGCAGGCCCGACGAGCAGGUUGUGCAACAAACAGGCGGGCUUGCUGUGCUGCUCUGAGCCGGAGAGAGGGCCCCGCCUCAUCUCUGAAAGGGUCUUCCUACGUCCACUUUUGCCUCCUCCAGGCCAUGCCCAUCCAGCUUCCAGAGUCUUCAUCUUAAAACAGAUCAGAUCACAUGUCCUCCUUCUCUUUAAGCCCUUCUCUGGCUGCCCAUUGCCCUUUAGAUGUUGUCCAAACUCCUCACCAUGACCUUCAAAGCCUCGUGGCUUGACCUCUGUUGGCCUCUCUGACCUCCCUUCCAACACUUCCCCCUGCCACUCCAAUAGCACAGACUUUCUCUCUGCCACUUUAUUGUGCCUCCAGGCCUUUUCCCCUAGAGUUUACUCUAUUAGAGCACACAGCUCUUUCUCCUGUGUUAUUUAUUUCUCAAGUGUAAAGGUGACUGUUACUAUCUUAGAAGAUGCUUCUCUAACCCCUGCAUCGAUCAUGGGUUAGGCCCUGGAGACAAUGCAUCUUCUGCUUCUCAUCCAUAAAUACAUAAUCACUUGUGUAGCCUCUGACUCUCUUUCUCAACUGAGAACUUCUUGAAGGCAGAGACCAUGUCAUUAUCCCCAGAGCUUAACACAGAGCCUAAAACA